CUCCUUCAUGGACCUGGGCUUUUGGGCCGUGGGAACACUCCAUAGCACGGCGACCCUGUCCAUUCAGAGUGGGCCUGCGGUUUGUAUGGGCUUCGGCUCAUGCACCGUCUCAAUAUUUUCCUGUUCCGCCACGGCCACUCGGCUAGGCGGGCCGCAUUUUUUUUGGUCCCUUAUUAGCUCUGACCCUAACCCUAAAUUGAAUUAAUCACAUGCAUAUUACUUUGACGUGUGUUAAUUAGCGGCCUCACGGUCUUUCGCGCUCUUUCAGUCAGCAGACAGGGGAACUCUCAAAUCCCGAAUCGGACAUUGCUUUUUCUUCUCAUAUAUAAUCGGUCUCCCCUUUCGAUGUGAUCAGACAUAGAAAAAGCACCAUGGCCCCGAUCCGCACAGCACUCAUCGGCCUUUCAGCCAACGCACCCACAUCAUGGGCCCCAUCCGCGCAUCUGCCUUAUCUGCUCUCUGCACACGGGCGAUCGCGCUACACCAUCGUCGCAAUCCUCAACUCGUCCAAGGACUCCGCCCUGGAAGCGAUCAAGCACUACGAUCUCCCCGUGGACGCACGCGCCUACGGAUCGCCCGAGGAGCUCGCGGCCGACGCGGACGUCCAGCUCGUCGUCUGCUGCACGCGCGUCGACAAGCACUUCGGCACGGUCCUCGCGUCGGUCAAGGCUGGCAAGGACGCGUUCGUCGAGUGGCCGCUUGCGCACGAUGUGCAGCACGCGAAGCAGCUGGCGGACGCGGCCAAGGCCGCCGGCGGGCGCACGAUGGUCGGGUUCCAAGGCCGCGUGGGCUCGCUGCCGCUCAAGCUGAAGGAGAUCAUCGAGGAGGGCCGGAUCGGCAAGGUCCUGAGCACCGAGCUGCGCGUGUCGGGCGGCACCUAUGAGCGCGACAUCAUCCCAAGCACAUUCGAGUACGUGAUGAAGCGGUCUUACGGCGGGACCAUCGUCACCAUCUUCGGAGGACAUCUCUUCGACAUCGUGCAGCACGUACUGGGUGAAGCCGCCGACAUUACGCCGCACCUGCAGCUGCAGCGGCCGAUCAGCCACGUCCGCGACGCAGUGACGAACGCGAUCACCCACACCGUUGAAUCCGACGUCCCAGAUCUGUUCAUCGUCACCUCGCGCAUCGCCCAGUCGUCCACCGUCGUGCGCGAUGCGUCGCUGCUGUUCCGCUUCCGCCGCGGCCCGCCGUUCCCCGGAGAGCCGUCGCUCGUGUGGACCAUCACCGGGGAGCAGGGCGAAAUACGCGUGACGAACCAGGCGGCCUUCACGCUGCACAUCACAGCAGAGGGUGUCGAUGUUGAGCUGCACGACUUCAAAACGGACAAAGUCGAGAAGAUUGAUUGUGGUCCCUCCGAGUCUUGGCCCGAGGAUCCAAACACUCCUGUUCCCGUCUUCGGGAAGCAUGUCGGUCUGCUUUACGAACGGUUCGCGAGUGGGGGAGAGAUCACGACCUGGGACGACGCCGUAAAGAGACACGAGCAGAUUGAUGCUUUCACCGCGGGAUGGAACGCGUAG